AUGGUCAACGACAAGUCUCGCGCGCGUACGAGCCCCCCUACCGUCGACAUCAAACCGACCACUCCUCAGCUCGAGGGCACGGAGAAUCGCAAGGGUCAUGUUGCUGACGGGGAUGAGCGCAUCCGCGCCGCCUUUCGUCAAGCCAGUGUGGGCGGCCGCACAGCGCGUACCUCUGCGUCACCAGCCAUUUCAAACAUGUCGGACAGCACGCGAUUCCAGUCGCCUGCCGUGCGCCGCCCCGUCAUGCCCAUGGCUCGCUCGUCCGUGCCGGUGACGCAAGCUUUACCGCCCGCCCUUGAAAUGCAUCUCGACACGGCGGCCACCGAGAUCCAUCACCUCGUGGGUGACCAGCGUGGAGGCACGGGUGCGGUCCUGCUCAUAAUCUUUGACCAAACCGCUGCUCUCCAGGCGGUCCUAACUGCGGGGCCCACGCUCGAAACCCAUGGCGUGGAGUGUCUAUCCUCUUCCUCCACGAAUGCGAAUGUGGUCCGCAUCCUGCAGGCGAUGUACUUGAUGGUCAAUGCAACCCUCAAGACCCUCCCCCGCUCCCAGGCGGGCAAGGACGCGACCGCCCUGGCCGCGUGGUGGGGCCCUCACCGCGCCCACCUCGCCUCCGUUGGGGGGAGUGCAAUUACGGAUGUCCCCAUAUCGGAAGCCGCUCGCGUGUUCGAGAUCGCGUCGUUUGAGUGGCUCCGUCCCGGCUCGCUGUCGACUGUUGCGAGUCUCAUUAGCGCACAGUAUGGCAUGCAGGUCCGUGGGAACGACGUGCGCGACCUGGUCGAGGCGGUGGUUGGGACUUCGCGCGCGCUUGUGGCUGAGUGCUGGAAGAAGGGAAAGAAGUAG